AGAUUUCCAACCGUUGCUAUUACUUCAGAGCUUCAUGGCUCAAGGAUAUUGCGGUGAGACCAUGUGAACAUAAUUAUAUAAAGGAAAACUAGUUCGGGAAUAGUGAAAUCAGUGUGUAGUACCAUGUCAGGUACAGAGCAGAAUAUAGUGAACUCAAUGCAGCAAUUAUCUGUGCAACCCAAUAUAAGUGGCCCUACUGAGAAACCUACGCAAGUUGUUACACCUGCUGUGAACAGGAGUCAGCAGGCAGCAGCAGCCAAGGUAACCCCUGUGAAAGUAAACACUGUGUCCCCAGCAAUAGCUACAAUAGACCGGUUAUUGAGUCUGGGAGCCAACGUCCCACCCCCACCCCCAGUCAUCACACGGCCGUCAGACAUGGACCCACAUACUGUGGAACAGCUUCGUGCUGUCAAAGAGUUGCUCACGGCUCAAGAAGAAGAAGCUCAGAACCUUAGAGACAUCAACCAUGAACUACGAGAAAGAUUAGAAGAAUGUGAAACAAAAAUUAAAAAGUUGUCUGAACAGAAUGAAGAGUAUGCAGAAAAGGAAAAAGCUCUCUCUCAGCGUGUAGCUGAAAAAGUAAGAAAUAAUAAACAAAUGAGUGUGGUCAUGGAGGAAUAUGAGCGCACCAUAUCUUCUCUUAUUGGGGAACGUGAGGCAGAAGGGAAGAGAUGGACGGAUGAGAGAUCCACUCUGGUUAGAGAACGUGAUGAAGCUGCGGCCCAUCUAGCUUCAAUGGAACAUGCCUUCAAUGAUGUGCACACCAAGUAUGAAAGGUGUAAAGUCAUCAUUCAAGGAUAUAAGAGUAAUGAGGAAAUGUUAAAGAGAACAGUUGAGGAGAACAAUGAUGCUAUACAGAAGCUAGAAGCGAGAUAUGAAACCCUCCGACAGCAUGCCAUGCAGCAGCUUAACAAGGCCAAUGCAGAAUUAGAUUCAGUUAAGAAAUCACACCAAGCAGAGAUCCUGAAACUGAAUGCUAUGCUUAAGAAGAGUGAAGUGCAUGCAUCCUCCUUGCAGGAAUCACUGGCACAGAAGAUAAAAGACAAUGAAGAACUCACAGCUAUCUGUGAUGAGUUGAUCAAUAAGGUUGGUUAACAGGAUUCUUAUCAUGAUACUUAUGUACUCAUUCAAACUUCAUUUACAUAAACUAACAUGC